ACCACUUUCUGGCGUUUAUGAGCGAUUCAUCGUCCUUCUCUUGUCCUCCGGAUGACGCCAGUAGUGGGGGGGAUGCCGGGUAGUAGCUAGGAAGCAGGCAAGGAGGGAAGGAGGCAAGCAGGCAAGGAGGGAGGGUGCAUCCUUGCUACGUCAUCGGGACGUCGUCGCCGCCGCUUGCAGUGGUGUGAGCGCGCACACAGCAGGCUGACAUUGACGACUCACCCCACGAACUCGCCGUGAAAAGGUCGUGGCGUUGACGUUGCCGCGUCUCAGGAGCUCUCCGCGGCGCUGACUCGGCAUCCUUCCUUUCAUGCCUCGGGGCCGCGCCUGAAACCUCCGAGCCGCAGAACCCGACCGCUUUCAAGAUGGACGACGACGGACGCUAUCGGGACAACCGCUCAGACUUCAUCCGCGGCGCCAAGGACAUCGCCAAGGUGGCCAAGAAGCAGGUGGGCAAGAAGAUGGGGCGGGGCGUGGACAAGAUGGCCGACGAGUACACCCGUCGUUCCUAUAAGCGCUUCGAGGAGGAAGACGACGAUGAGGACUACGCCGGCGGAGCGGGUGACGACGGCGGCGGCUACCGUGGCAACGACAGCCGCGCCAACGACGACGAGGGCCACAGCGACUCCACCGAGGGCCACGACGAGGACGAUGAGAUCUACGAGGGCGAGUACCAAGGCAUCCCGCGGGCCGACUCGGUGGGCAAGGGCGGCGCGGCCGACGGGGUGGAGGCGCGGGCGCAGCAGUUCCGGGACAUGUCGGCGUACGAGGGCGAGCGGCGGAAGGACCAGGAGGAGCUGGCUGAGCAGUACGAGAGCAUCCUGCAGGAGUGCGGACACGGAAAGUUCCAGUGGACGCUCUACUUCGUCCUCGGCUUGGCGCUCAUGGCCGACGGCGUGGAGAUCUUCGUGGUCGGCUUCGUGCUGCCCAGCGCCGAGAAGGACAUGUGUCUGUCAGAGCCCAACAAGGGCAUGCUGGGUCUGAUCGUGUACCUGGGGAUGAUGGUGGGCGCCUUCGUGUGGGGCGGCCUGGCCGACCGCAUCGGCCGGCGGCAGACGCUGCUCAUCUCGCUCUCCAUCAACAGCGUCUUCGCCUUCUUCUCGUCCUUCGUCCAGGGCUACGUCUCCUUCCUCUUCUGCCGCCUGGCCUCGGGUGUCGGUAUCGGCGGCUCCAUCCCUAUCGUCUUCUCCUACUACUCGGAGUUCUUGGCUCAGGAGAAGCGAGGAGAACAUCUGAGCUGGCUCUGCAUGUUCUGGAUGAUCGGCGGCAUCUACGCUUCGGCCAUGGCCUGGGCCAUCAUCCCCCACUAUGGCUGGAGUUUCCAGAUGGGCUCCGCCUACCAGUUCCACAGUUGGCGCGUCUUCGUGAUGGUGUGCGCCCUGCCCUCGGUGGCGGCCAUUUCGGCCCUCAGCACCAUGCCUGAGAGCCCCCGCUUCUACCUGGAGAAUGGGAAGCACGACGAGGCCUGGAUGAUUCUGAAGCAGGUCCACGACACUAACAUGAGGGCCAAAGGUUACCCAGAAAGGGUUUUCUCUGUGACCACGAUCAAAACGGUGAAGCAGAUGGACGAAUUGGUCAACUUGGGCGACGGCGCAGCCUGGCACCAGAAAUGGAGGAUAAAGCUCACCACCCUUUUCCAUCAGGUGUGGAGUAAUUUCCUGACAAUUUUCUCCCCUGAGUACCGUCGCACCACCUACAUGAUGAUGGCCGUCUGGUUCUCUAUGUCCUUCAGCUACUACGGUUUGACCGUGUGGUUCCCCGACAUGAUCAAGUACCUUCAGAAGCAGGAGUACUCGUCACGCACCAAAAUCUUCUUGAAGGAGAAAGUGGAACACGUCACCUUCAACUUCACGCUGGAGAACCAGGUCCACCGCCAGGGAGAGUACUUCAAUGACAAGUUCAUGAACCUGAAGAUGAAGUCCAUGGUGUUUGAGGACUCGUUGUUUGAGGAGUGUUACUUUGAGGACAUCACCUCUAGCAACACCUUCUUCAAGAACUGCACCUUUAUCGCCACCCUCUUUUAUAACACAGAUCUGUUCAAGUACCGGCUGGUCAACAGCAAGCUAAUCAACAGCACCUUCCUGCACAACAAAGAGGGCUGCCUGCUGAGCGACGUGGGCGACGAGAACAACGCCUACAUGGUCUACUUUGUCAGCUUCCUGGGCACCUUGGCCGUGUUGCCCGGCAACAUCGUCUCGGCGCUGCUCAUGGACAAGAUCGGACGGCUCAGGAUGCUGGCGGGAUCCAGUGUGAUUUCCUGCGUCAGCUGUUUCUUCCUGUCCUUCGGCAACAGCGAGUCGGCCAUGAUCGCCCUGCUCUGCCUGUUCGGGGGCAUCAGCAUCGCCUCCUGGAACGCCCUGGAUGUGCUGACAGUGGAGCUCUACCCGUCUGACAAGAGGACCACGGCGUUCGGCUUCCUCAACGCGCUGUGCAAGCUGGCCGCCGUGCUGGGCAUCAGCAUCUUCACCUCCUUCGUGGGCAUCACCAAGGCCGUGCCCAU